GAGUGCAAACUCCGAGAUGAGCGUAGUUGGCUUCGACGUUGGCAAUGACAGCUGCGUCAUCGGCACCGUGCGGCAGCGCGGCAUCGACGUCCUCCUCAACGACGAGUCCAGCCGUGAGACUCCGGCUGUGGUCUGCUUCGGCGACAAACAGCGUUUUCUCGGGACUGCCGGCGCUGCCACCGCCUCCCGCUUCCCCAAAGACACCGUCUCCCAAGUCAAGCGCCUCAUUGGCCGCCCUUUCCGCGAUCCCGUUAUUCAGGAUGACCUUCGCCGCCUCCCAUUCAAUGCCUCUGAGGCCCCUGACGGAGGGAUCUUGCUCUGCGUCAACUUCCUGAACGAACAGCGCUCUUUCACCCCCGUCCAGAUCCUCGCCAUGCUCCUUGCCCACCUCAAGCAGAUCUCGGAGAAGAACCUGGAGACCGUGGUCACCGAUUGCGUCAUUGGGAUUCCCUCCUACUUCACCGAUAUCCAACGGAGGGCCUAUCUCGAUGCUGCUGCAAUUGCUGGCCUGAAGCCGCUGCGAUUGAUGCAUGACUGUGCAGCGACGGCAUUAGGGUAUGGAAUCUAUAAGACCGACCAUCAUCCCCGGGGCUCUUCAUCCUGUGUAGUUUUUAUCGAUAUUGGUCAUUGCGACACCCAGGUUUCCGUUGUGAACUUCGGGUCUAACAAAAUGAAUGUUCUAUCACAUGCUUUCGAUGCAAAUUUGGGUGGGAGGGAUUUCGAUGAGGUACUGUUCAACCACUUUUCCGAGCAAUUCAAGGAGCAGUACAAGAUUGAUGUACAUUCUAAUGUACGAGCCAGCAUCAGGUUGAGGGCUGAUUGUGAGAAACUAAAGAGGGUUCUAAGUGCAAACCCAGAGGCGCCCCUGAAUAUAGAGUGUUUGAUGGACGAGAAAGAUGUGAAGGGGUACAUCAAGAGGGAAGAAUUUGAGAGACUCUGCACAAGUUUGUUUGACAGGCUCUUGGAACCAUGCAGGCUAGCUUUAGAACAUUCGGGACUGAAACAUGAUAAAAUCAACAGCAUUGAGCUUGUUGGCUCUGGGUCCCGAAUCCCUGCAAUAACAAGGAUUUUGACAGAUUUCUUUAGGAAAGAACCAAGCCGGACUCUCAAUGCUAGUGAAUGUGUUGCUAGGGGUUGUGCCCUUCAUUGUGCUAUGCUCAAUCCCACAUUCAAGGUUAGGGAUUAUGAGGUGUUAGACUCUUUUCCUUUCUCAGUUAACUUUGCAAUGGAUGAAGGUCCUAUUACAACUGUGUCAAGUAAUGUUUUAGUACGUAAGGGACAACUGAUUCCAAGUGUUAAAGUGCUUUCUUUCUAUCAAACUAAUUCAUUUAAAAUGGAAGCAUUUUAUGCCAUCCAAAGUGAACUUCCACCUGGUGCCCCACUAAAAAUCAGCUGCUACCAGGUUGGCCCUUUUCCAGUUAAUGAAGGAAAAAUGCAUAAAGUUAAAGCAAAAGUUAGGUUGAACCUUCAUGGAAUUGUUUAUCUAGAUUCUGUCUCAUUGAUUGAAGAUGAAGACAAUGAUCCAGUUCCAAGGGAUGCAAGGCAAAUGGAUAACAUGGAAAACGAGUCUGCUUUCGAAGGGAAAUCUUAUGUGCACAACGAUGGAAUAGUGGAAAAUAAUGAAUUUGCAUCAGUUUUCUCGGUUGAUACAUCAAAAGUGGAAAGACUGCCUAGAAGGCAUGAAUUGCUAAUCAUAGAGACAGUAUAUAAUGGAACCACAAAAGAAUGGCUGCUAGAAGCCCAAGAACAAGAAAAGUUGCUUGGUUAUCAGGACAAACAAAUGGAGCAAACAAAAGACAAAAAGAAUGCACUGGAAGCUUAUGUGUAUGAAGUUCGGAACAAGCUUUUUGAGAGAUAUCGAAGUUUUGCUAGUGAUUUUGAAAGGGAGGGGAUUUCUGCUAGUCUACAGCAGACUGAAGAUUGGCUUUAUGAGGAUGGAAAUGAUGAAACUGAAAAGGUUUACACUAGCAAAAUGGAGGAGUUAAAGAAGCUGGUAGACCCCAUUGAAAACAGAUACAAGGAUAAUGAAGCUAGAGCUCAAGCUACAAGAGAACUUUUGAAGUGCAUUGUUGACUAUAGAAUGGCUGUAUCUUCAUCAUCAACCUCUGAACGAGAUGCUGUCAUGAACGAAUGUAUUAAAGCUGAGCAGUGGCUGCAGGAGAUGUCUCAACAACAGGAUUCCUUACCUAAGAACACAGAUCCAGUAUUAUGGUCGCAUGAAAUUUUGAAGAUGAGGGAAGCCUUGGACAUGUUCUGUAGAAAUGCCUUGAGACACAGAGGUUCUAAAUCAAGAACUGAAGACUCCAGAGGCUCAGACUACUCCAGGCCCUCUCACAACGACAACUCCAUGGUCGAUUGAUUGUCCACUGAUUCUUUCAUGUCAUCCUUGCUUGCAUCCUGCUGCUUCCACCAUUUAAAUCUAUGUCAACACAUUAGAUUACAAUAUUCAAAUCCCAGAUACCAAGGUUUGAGAGAUGCAUUCAGUCUUCUCGACGGCAGCAGUUUUCUUCCCAUGCGAACAACAGUUGCUGCUUUUGCAUCAUUCUCUGAAAUGAAUGAAAUCAAUAUCAUUUUGCUUGUAUAUUUUUUGCUGGCUCCUGCGCAAAGGAAUGGCCUUGUAGAACUUUUUAUAACUCAUGAUAGUCAUCUUCCCAUUGCUUGCCAAGCUGUGUAACAAAAUUUAUGCUCCUAUCUCAAUAGUUCUGGUUUCUAUGUAAGGUUGGCUGCUAAAUCCAUUUCAUAGCUAGGAUGAACAUAUUCAUUUAAUAAAUAUGAAUGAUCUAAUAUAUCAAGUAUAUAGGUAUAGGUCUACCUAAGUAAUCAUGCA